AUGCAUCACGUCAACAAGAGCACGGCCAUGCCUCGGUCUGACAGGCAGAAGAACCCAAAUCGAUGCAGACCCAAAUCCAAAGGAGGUUGCCUUCGAUGCAAGCAACGGCGACGCAGAUGUGACGAGACAAAGCCCAGCUGCCAGGAGUGCCUGAGGAAGGGCUUCACCUGCCCGGGCUAUCAGAAGAAACCUCUUGAAUGGCGUUAUGUCUUCAAAGAGGAAGAGCAGCAUGAUAAAGAUCAGGUAGAUCUCUCGCCUCCAGAAGAACUACCAUCCUCAACUUUGUCAGAGCAGGAGAAUUCAAACGCCAAGAACCAAAAUAUCGAGGCGGGCCAAACCAAAGAGCUGCAAGAGCUUUGGGACGAGGCCAGCUCAACUUUCUUUGAUCAACUCCCGGAUGUUGAUCCGUCAGUUGGUAGAGGUGCGAAGCUGGGAUUAUUACCAAACAAUAUUGCGACCAUCAAGGAUGCUGCGGAAUCGGAUGACAGCCUGGCGAUUUUGCGGCGGCGAAUUGCAAACACUCCGAUACCAUCCUUCCUGAUCCAAAUGCCGGCCAUUUUGGUACAAUACUAUUUUGAUUACGUGUGCAAGGCAUGGUCAUCCUUUGACUCGCCUUUGAACCCGUUCCGUCUCAUAGUUAGCCGACUUUGGAGUCGAAACGCAGCCAUCUACUAUGCCAUCCAGAGCAUGGCUGCGGCUUCACUGGCCAACGAUCUUCCAGGCAUGAGGGCUAUUGGAAGGCAGACGCAGCAACAAGCUAUUGCCUGUCUUCGCAACAACCCUCGAAUUGGAACUUUGCAUCGAGAUAAUCAGGACGAUGAGUUCUUCCUGGCUCUGCUCAUGAUUGGACUGACUACAGCCUGGCAUGACGCUGCUGAUCUUGGACUGGAAUACCUCAAGGAAGCAAAGGACCAUCUCGACAAACAGCAGAAGAUGUGCCAGAGUCCUGAUUCGCACUUUGCUAAGCAGUACCCAUUAUUUCAACAGUGUCUCCUGUAUUGGAACAUGCUAGCUGCAUUUGUUGCAGAAGACUCUCUACUUCUCAAUGAAGAGAGUGUCCUGGAGCGGCCUGACCCGGAAAUAUCGGUCUACUUGAUUGAUGGACAGACGCUCCCUCAUCCUUGGACUGGCCCACUUUCCAAGGCACUGAGGUUAUUUUAUCAAACAGCCCGGGUGGUUCGAGCGGCCCGCAUCUCCCAUCGCACUCGGGUUAAUAACAUUGAUUUGACGACGUUUGAUUUUGACUAUUUGGUUGAAGAGAUUGAAUUGCGGCAGAAAGCCGAGCGCCUGGAGGAAGAUAUUCUAUUCACAGGACUCUCGUCUUACUGUGGGCCAGUAGACAUUGGCGACACAAAUACGCCUCCUGCUCAUUUCAUAAUUUUGGCUGAAGCUUAUCGCUGUGCGGGGCUUCUACAGAUCUAUCAUGUCUUCCCAGACAUUCUUGACGAUCGCUUACGUCUCAACCAGAGACCCGACGGAGAUACUCCAGCUCUUUUCUCAGUCUUAUUCCCUGAGGAUUCCCCUGCCCAGUCCUCAGAAGAUAUGCGCCGCAUUUUAGCGUUACACGUUGUUUCACUUCUUGACCAGCUUCCAUCUACAUCGGGAACACGCUUUAUGCAGCUUGUGCUCCUGACUUGCAUCUCUAGCGAUCUUGUGUUUUCUAAUCAAUCUGUCUUUGGCCCGGGAGCGAACCCCCUCGCUUGCCUAAACACUCUGGAUGUCGAUGUUGCCCAGGGAAGGCGGCGAGUUAGUACUCGAUUGUCAGAGCUUACCUUGAUUAUCCCCAAGUUACCCAUGCAACGCAUUUCUGGGAUUGUGCAUGAGGUUUGGGACCGAGCAGACUCGGGCUUGGGAAUCUACUGGCUGGACUUGAUGAUUGAACGGAAUCUUGAAACGAUAAUGGGUUAA